CUCGACUGAAGUGUUGGACUCACUUAACGCCAUGAAAAUCCUCUCACACUAACGCCAGGCUAGCUAGCAGCAUUCAUCGCUCUGUGGCGCCUUCUCUCCGUCCUGCUCUUCACCGCGACCAUGGCUUGAGAGGCAGCUCGCUCUUCCGCAAGCUCCUCAGAAGCAACAGCGUCCCCUGCCAUGGCUUCCCUCCUCUGCCUUGUCGCGAUCACCGCCAUCGCUUUGCUCCCCGCUGCGGCCGCUGGGCAGGGCGGCAAGAUCAUGCGUCCGUCUUGGGCGCCUGACUGCUCGACGGCGGACAACUACACGGCCGACAGCCAGUACAAGAGGAACCUGGACCAACUUCUCGCCGCGCUCCCCGCGGCGGCCGGCGACAGCGGCUGGUUCUACGAGAGCAGUGCCGGCGCGGGCGACGACGAGGUGUACGGACUCAUCAUGUGCUACGCCGACUACAACGCGGCGGCGUGCCAGGACUGCCUCUCCAGGGCGCCCGCCGGGAUAACGACGGUGUGCCCGGGCAGCCGGAGCGUCCGCGUCGUGUACGACGCGUGCACGCUCCGGUACUCGGACGCGCCAAUCCUGGAGACCGCGGACCUCACCUACUUGUUUAGGGUGCGCCCGGUCGUCCCUGGGGUCACCGUCACCUUGACGGGCUUGGAGGCAGCCUGGGCGCCGCUGAUGAGCAAGCUCAAGGACGGCGCCCAGGAGUGGACGACAAAGCUCGUCCGACGGCAUGGUUGGCAGGAGCGAGGUGCACCUGACAUGUGGGCCCCACAAGUCAGGUCGCUCCAGUGA